AAAUCUUUCCUCUCAAGCAGACGAGGACUCUUAGGCUACAUUUUUGUUAAAGCCAUUUAGUCAUCGAUCUAUUAUGAUUUUUCGAUACAAAGUAUUCUGGGAUAUGAAGAAAGUUCGACAUAAUGAAUUCUGAAGAAGGAUGCUGCGGACUCAGAACGCCGUGGGGAAAUAACUGAAGUGAACCAGCGGAAGGAAUCGAAUGGCUUCUGUAGAGCUGCUUUAUAUAGAUAAGGAAGGCAGAGGCAGACAACCCGUUCUUCCCUGCGUCCUUGACUGGGCUUCCAAUCCGGUGCAUGUUCGUAAAACUAUCAGUUCAGCCGGAGGGGUGCUCUCUAUCUCAGCUCCGGGCUGCAAAGGACUGUGUUAUUCAACACCAAGGACGGUUCCCCAUAACGGAGGUCCGCAUCCUAAACACCGUCACCCUGCGGUGGAGAAGGUCAACGUGUGCAGCGACGAAGAAUUAGAUACAUCUUUCACCUACGUCGACGAGAAUGUGAAUUUGCGCCUGGCAAGCCCUGUGAAAAGUGAGGAAAGUAUCCACAAAUCCUGGGGUAUGCCUAAUGACUGUGCGAGCGACAUUCGGCCGGAGGGGUUGCAUGAGCUCUCUCUAAUGUCAGAUGAUCUCGCAUCAGAAAAUUCGGGGGCAUCUGUAGAUUACGGUUUUAUAAGCGCGGUCACUUUCCUAGUCACCGGGAUCUCGUUAGUAAUUAUAUCCUAUGCAGUCCCUCGCGAGGUCAAAGUGGACCCGGAGAGCGUGUCCGCGAGGGAGAUGGAGAGGCUGGAAAUAGAAAGUGCCAGGGUAGGGGCACACCUGGAUAGGUGCGUGAUAGCAGGGCUUUGCCUACUGACGCUGGGCGGGGUAGUGCUGUCCACUCUGCUAAUGAUAUCUAUGUGGCAGGGAGAGAUGUACAGGAGAAAGGCCUUUGCAUAUUCCAAGCACUCGGGGAAACUGUAUGGCUCCAUCAUUUUAAAAACGAGGUCUAGCCCUAAUCGGUCGUCCGCGCACCUGUCUAUGAAGGAAGAGAUAGACGAGACCUUGAAUUAAAACGCUAUCCUGUUGAUAAACUACUUUGCCUUGUGUUACUAAGACAGAGCAACACAAUACAGCAUGAUGCAGGUACUCCAGACCCAAAGCGUGCAACCUGAACCCAUCAGUCGGUCUGCCUACAGAACAUUUGCUUAACUGUUAAAAUAUUCAUUUGUUUUAAUAUUCAAGGUGAUGAAAUAUUAAUUGUCUUAUACUAUCAUCUCCAUAUAAUUGAAUGGACAUGCAAAAGGUAUAGGCUUAUUUAACCAGGUAAGCAAAUGAACAAAAUGAUACAGAAUGAAUAAGCAUGACAACAAAAAUUGUGUUUUUUAAGAACUUGUUAUUGGAAAUGGAAAAUGCUGGGUCACAUUAUUAAGGUGAUCCGUGUUUUAUGUGAAAGUGUCCAACAGUGACAGUCAGUAAUAUGAUGCAUACACAUAUGUUAGAGGGAAACGUGUCUGUCCCAUGAGUUUAUAAAGUGAGAUGUAUUUGCCUAGUCCAGUGCACCAUAUCAAAUCUGAUAAGACAGAAUCUGCUCAGUGGUGCACAUGCUAACAUCCAAUGACCUUUUUUUACUUCUUCAAUGUGGGUGAGCAUAAUUCUCGCUGUGGUUUCGCACUGUGUGUGUAUGGGGGGGGGGUCACUUAAUCACACAUGAAAGACUUGCCCCAGUUUAUAAAGCUGCACUGUGCUGUGCUGUGCUGUGCUGUGCUGUACUGCACUGUACACUUCAAAGAUCCUACUUACUUCUAAUGUACUGUACCUGCAGUAAAUGCAAUUAUCAUAACUUGAAUGAUCACUCAACAUGAGAACUCACUGGAUCACAAUAUAACAAUGUAAUUAAUAGGUAUCUUUAAGAGAAAUGGGGUUUCAAUUUAUAGGCUAGGCCUACGCUACCAAUGUUUUUAUUAUAGACUACUAAUGGACGUACAUCCUACAACACUCUAAACCGUAUUGUAUUCCUUUGAGAAGUCUCAGAUAUGCCUUUAAAAUGUUACUGGAAUAGGGAUCUGUUUGUCUUAACAAACCAGAAAUGAUGGGUGCAACAAAAACAGAAAGUGUUCUAUUCAGUUCAUAGAACUGUUGGUUGAGAAUUAUUUUCUUUAUGGUGAAGUGAGACACAUCACCACUAUAAUUUGCAAUCAUCUCUGUAUUGUGGGCCUACUACAGUAGCCUAUAAGACAAGAGGCAUCAAAGGAAACUUGACACCUUGAAAAUGGUUCCAUCAUUGCUCCACCUCUGAUUUCAAUUCUUCGAAGUCGUUAUUCAGAAUCACAAGUGUUUGCCUCCAGGGAAAAGAUGCUCUUUGGUUAUCACUAGAAACAGCUAAUUCAUGUUGUCAUUUUGUGGGGCAAAUUCAUUUUGUUGGCUAUUAAUUACGCUUCCAUUCGUUUACCCUCAUCAUGUGUUUUCCAUACUGUUCGAUGAUGCAUAUACGGUAAUGGAAUAAAAUAUUCACCCCAAGAACUACAGAAACAUGGUGAGACUGUUGUUACUUUAACUGUAAUAA